ACGGGGCAAUUUUUUAAAAGCAAUCUGUCUUUGUUUUCGUUUUGUCUGUUUAUUUUGAGAAAUGCUUUUGCCGUUACCCAUCUUUUGGAAAACUCCAGCGUCAUUGCAUGUUUUGCUGAAUGAAAUCUCAAAGGUUUGUGGCAGGAGGGUUGUGUAGUUCGACUGUAGCAAAUGCUUAGGACCCAGGGCGGCCACCUCUCAGUGAGGUAGUGCGCUCGCUUGACUCUGCACCCGACAGUGGAACCCAGGGCAACUGUUCAACUGCUUCACAUGUAGUAGAACACAGUCAUUUUUUGACCAACCAACAGGGCUUAAACCUGGUCUUCCACCUGGACUCAACACCCUCCUUACUGACACUCAUCAUCCUAUCCCUUCCUCUUUUCCUUUUUUUUUUUUUUGCCAAUAUUCUCCAGGCAUCAUGUCUACCCCGGUCUCCCCUUCCCCCUCGCUCUCCCCGUUGACACUGGCCUCCCCUACAUCAGCCGCCUCCCCCGGUGCUUCCCCUUUGCCCUCGCCCCUCUCCCCUCCACCCAGAGUGCCCGUGUUCCAGAGGAAGGGAGCGCUCAAACACAAGAGGAUCGUGGAGGUGAAAGACCACCAGUUCACGGCACGCUUCUUCAAACAGCCCACCUUCUGCAGCCACUGCACCGACUUCAUCUGGGGCAUUGGCAAACAGGGAUUCCAGUGUCAAGUGUGCAGUUUUGUGGUGCACAAGCGAUGCCACGAGUUUGUGACCUUCACGUGUCCGGGCUCCAUCGCACCCCCCAGACCAGAAGACCUAAAGAGUCAACACACAUUUAAGAUCCAGACCUACUCCAGUCCGACCUUCUGUGACCACUGCGGCUCGCUGCUGUACGGCCUCAUACACCAGGGCAUGAAAUGCACCUGUUGUGACAUGAACGUCCAUCGGCGAUGUGAGACGAGUGUUCCCAGCCUGUGCGGUCAGGACCACACAGAGAAGAGAGGAAGAAUCCACCUGACAAUCAGAGGAGAGAAGGAGGACGUCUACGUCACAGUCCUGGAGGCUCGUAACCUGAUGCCCAUGGACCCUAAUGGCCUGUCGGACCCCUAUGUUAAACUGAAAUUGAUUCCGGACCCAAGGAGCCACAGCAAACAAAAGACCAAGACUAUUCGCUCCACACUCAAUCCCGUCUGGAAUGAGAGUUUCAUUUUCUCAGUGCGUGGUCACCAGUGGGACAGGCGACUGUCUGUGGAGGUUUGGGACUGGGACCGCACGUCCAGGAACGAUUUCAUGGGGGCGCUGUCGUUCGGGGUGAGUGAGAUCUUCAGGCGUCCCAUCAGCGGCUGGUUCAAACUGCUGGCCCAGGAUGAGGGAGAGUACUACAACAUCCCCGUGCCAGACCCGGACCUGCAGGAGCCUCAGCUGGAGGCCUCAACACCCUCCGUGCCUCAAGCAGUGCCUGCCCUGCUGUCUGAACCUUUCCCUACGGCCCUGUCCCCGGCCUCUGUCUCACCCUGUCCACCUGUCCACACCCCCCUCCCCAGCGUAGUCAAAGUGGGCAUCAACGACUUUAACUUCCUCAUGGUGCUGGGCAAAGGCAGCUUUGGCAAGGUGCUGCUGGCGGAGGAGAGAGGCAGCGAGCGUCUGUUCGCCGUCAAAGUGUUGAAGAAAGACGUCCUCUUCCAGGACGAGGACACGGAGAGCGCCCUGGUGGAGCGGAGGGUCCUGGCGCUCUCCUCUCGCCCUCACUUCCUCACGUCGCUCUACUGCGCCUUCCAGAGUGAGGAGCGCCUGUAUUAUGUGAUGGAAUACGUCAACGGAGGAGACCUGAUGUUCCACAUUCAGAUAGUCGGCAAGUUCAAAGAGCCUCAUGCAGCGUUCUACGGAGCAGAGAUAGCGGUGGGCCUCUUCUACCUCCACAGCAAAGGCAUCAUCUACAGGGAUCUGAAGCUGGAUAAUGUGCUGCUGGACAGCGACGGCCACAUAAAGAUAGCCGACUUUGGGAUGUGCAGGGAGGGCAUGUUCCAGGGCGACACCACUCGCACCUUCUGCGGCACCCCUGAUUACAUCGCCCCCGAGAUCGUGGCAUACCAGCCCUAUGAUAAAUCGGUGGACUGGUGGUCUUUUGGGGUGCUGCUGUAUGAAAUGCUGGCAGGACAGCCCCCGUUUGAUGGCAUCGAUGAGGAGGAGCUGUUCCAGUCCAUCAUGGAGCAGAACGUGUCGUACCCCAAGACUCUCACCCGUGAAGCUGUUGCCAUCUGCAAGGGACUCCUGACAAAGCACCCUGCGAAGCGUCUGGGCGGAGGAGAGGACGCCGAGAGAGAGAUUAGGGAGCAUCCGUUCUUUCGCUGGAUUGACUGGGACCGUCUGGAGAGACUGGAGAUACCGCCGCCCUUCAAACCCAGAACUGGCGGAAAGAAAGGUGAAAACUUCGACAAGUUCUUCACUGCAGCUCCGUCGGUGCUCACUCCCUCCGACCCGGACAUAAUGGAAGCCAUCAACCAGGAUGACUUCGAAGGCUUCUCCUUCCUCAACCCAGACUUUGCCCCCUCGCCGCUCACCGCUGUUUGAAAAUAGCUCCCACGCCCCUUUUAAAUGUAAUCCCCUUAUUAAUAGUAGUUUUAUAACAGAGAAAUUGAAACUCCUCUCAUAUUCAGAUUCUGACGUUAACACCAAACUGCCAAGACACCUUUGUAUCCAUGCACUCUAUUCGAUGUAUGUAUUUCAUCUAGAUAGUCUCAGAAUAUGCAUAGAUAUGCAAUUAUUAUAGAUUACCAUUUUAGAGUUUCUCUUUUUGUAAGACGUCCAUUAACUUGAUAUAGGACGGCUGUAGUGUGACUGUAGUAUGAUGACAUACUGUACUUCACCUGUAUGCAUGCACUGUUUGUAGAAGGAACUACUAGGUAUAGAUUAUCCAAGAAAGAUAGACAACCAAUUUGUUUUCAACAUUUCCCACUGUUUUGAUGAGCAUCAUCUUGUGUUGUAGAAGCCAAACAAAGACAUGGUUCAGCUCCAGGUAGAGGGCAGAACAAGUCUGUCCAUUUUUAAUCAUUUUUCAUUUCAUAAGCAGGAGUUUUCCUGAGAGGUCUGCUCCAGUUUAACACUGCACAGUAGCUCGGCAUCCAAACCCCUUCAAUAUCUCAAUAUCUAUGUUCCCAAGCUGCAUGGGCCACAAUGGCCUCCCGUGGAAGUGCUCAGUCAGGUUCCUGUGGCCCGGCCGGACCUCUCGGCUAACGUCACACCAGCGACCUCCUGUGACCCAGUGAGACAGUGAAACAGCUCAGUGGGCACGAUGUGACGGUUAAUGUAGGAUACAGCUCUGCCCUGCAGCUCAGUCACAUGGCCAGGAGGCGGUCCUCACAUUACUGCAUCAUUUUUGUCUUCACAGAUUAGUUUUGCCUCGUUUUUUUCCCCCUAUUACUCCUCUGCAAAGUAUGGAAUUAAGCCUUGCAAAUUACAGUAUAUAGCCUCCUUUUGAAACCUUACAUUUGCACUGAAAUAUUUUUUGCUUAUUUGGGAAAUAUGCCUCUGCCCGCAGCUAAAGCAGGAGGAUUGUCAGUUUGCACAGGUACAUAGACUUGUGUAUUUUAGUGGUGUAUACCAUGAGGCUUUUUGCUGUGUAAUGACACCCGCAGCAUUGAUUAGGGAGUAAUUAACAGUGAGACUCGCCGGGACUGUUCAAUACAUGGAAAAAUAAUAGCAGCAGUGUCAUUAAACCCUAUCUGAGCAGGGCAGGUGGCAGCAGACGUACAGUUUAAUAAUCCCAUUACAGAGCUCUUAUCUCACAAGGCAGACGGUCAUUUCACACACAAAUCUGCUUCUCUAUGACUUUUUUUUUCUGUGAAGGCAAAAAGAUCCAUUUAGCAAUUUCUCAUCCCGAGGAGAAGAAUCCUCCUUUUUUUUUUGUUUUAAGUGCUGAUGUCCCUGCGCCUGUAACUGGUGAGAGAGGUCAAUCUCUUCGCCUCAGCUUUGUUUGACACACUGACGUUACAACAUGACAAGUAGAUAUUUCAAUCAAUGAUAGAUAAUCAAUAGAUCAUUUAUGUAUAUUUGUUGGUUGAGUUAAUUUCUGUUUUUACGUGCUGGAAAAAAGAACGUUGAAAUAAAGUCCCGGGGAAAAGAAAGUCAUGAAACGAGGAUGGUGAGGUGUUUCCUUCUGGGAUGUUUGUGUGGAGCCGCUGAGAAACAAACAUGCAUCAGCUUUGUCUUCACCAAACGCCUCUUUGUCACGCUCACUUUUCACACAUACUCACAAGUGCAAUCGCAGCAAUGUACACACACAGACACACA